GCUGCGAGGAGGAAAGGGGCUAAUCGAACUCACGGCCCGCUGUGGACCAAUCCUGCUAAGCGGAGAAUCGCUGUGGCCGGACGACAGGGCGUCGAGACAAGAAGAAAGACGUUGGCAACUCAGAGGACUGGUUGCGACGUUAGACAAGAAAGCAAGGCCUUUAAGCAGGGAUUCGGGCUGGACGUGGGAGUGGGCCAAAGCGAAGCGGGAAACAGGAAACUACAACUCCCACAAGGCCUAGGGCCACGUCCUGCCGUCCUCGGCCCCUGAGCGUGAUGGGACAAGUAGUUUUGCGAACGGCUUAAUCUAGAGAUUUAAGAGGUUGGAAGCUAAGAGGCCCGGGGCUUCCGGAGGUCGCGGAGAUGGAAUUGGAGCAGAGAGAAGGGACCAUGGCAGCCGUGGGCUUUGAGGAGUUCUCAGCGCCGCCAGGCUCGGAGUUGGCGCUGCCUCCCCUAUUUGGGGGCCACAUCCUGGAGAGCGAGCUGGAGACGGAAGUGGAGUUUGUGUCGGGUGGUCUGGGUGGCUCAGGACUCCGGGAGCGAGAUGAAGAGGAAGAGGCAGCCCGGGGUCGGCGGCGGCGCCAGCGGGAAUUAAAUCGCAGAAAGUACCAGGCACUAGGUCGGCGCUGCCGGGAGAUCGAGCAGGUGAACGAGCGGGUCCUGAACAGGCUCCAUCAGGUGCAGAGGAUAACUCGGAGGCUGCAGCAGGAGCGGAGGUUCCUCAUGAGAGUGCUGGACUCCUAUGGGGAUGACUACCGGGCCAGCCAGUUCACCAUUGUGCUAGAGGAUGAGGGCAGCCAGGGCACGGAUGCUCCCACCCCAGGCAAUGCUGAGAAUGAGCCUCCAGAGAAAGAGGCACUGUCCCCGCCCAGAAGGACUCCUGCACCCCCAGAACCUGGCAGCCCAGCGCCCGGCGAGGGGCCCAGUGGGCGGAAGAGGCGGCGAGUGCCGCGGGAUGGACGCCGAGCAGGAACUGUGCUGACUCCAGAGCUGGCUUCGGUGCAGGUAAGGAAGUGGGGGGACUCAAGGGGAGGGACCGGGGCCCCAGAGCUGGCUCUGGUGCAGGUGAGGAGGGGGGGACUCACGGGAGGGGCCGGGGCCGGGGCCAGGGCUGGGGCUGAGUCAGGUUCAGGGCUCUUGGGUUUUGGUUUUGCACCCUGAGGGGCCCAGGCCUGGGGAAAGUUGGGAGAAAGGAGGUGAACCAGGAUGUGUUGGAGGCCUAGGAUCAGGCA